AUGAGUAAACUACUGUUGUUGAUUCUUUGUUUUCUUAUUCUCACAUUUCACGUAUGUAUCGCUCAACAAGAUAUUCAAAGCGAUACAUGGGUAGCUGUCGAUGCACUGGGCCGAACACUCUCCAAUGCCAGUCAGGUUGGUCCGCCACGUGCUCAUCGUACUGUGGGAAUGUUCUAUUUUCUACAUCUGGGUCAUGAUGGUUCAAUUAAUGGACCGUAUGAUGUUUCCAAAAUACUACAAGCACAUCCCGAAGCACUUUAUAACAUUAGUGAUUCUCAUUGGGGACCAUUGGAUUAUUCGCAUAUUUGGGGAGAAAGUCUUUUUGGUUAUUAUAUGAUUGACGAUGAUUUUAUUCUACGUAAACAUGCAUCUAUGAUUGUUAAUGCCGGUGUCGAUGUGAUCAUAUUUGAUGUUUCGAAUGGUGUGACUUUUCGAGAUAAUUAUCAAAAAUUGUGCCGUGUUUACACUGAUAUUCGAGUAAAAGGUGGACGAACUCCACAAAUUGCUUUUCUGUGUCCGUUUGGCAAUCCCGAUGAUAUGGGACGAAAGACAACACGUGCAAUCUAUGAAGAUUUGUAUGCGAAUGGAUCUUAUUCUGAUCUCUGGUUUCGUUGGAAGGGUAAACCACUAAUGUUAGCUGAUCCCGAUUACGUCGAUGAUGAUAUUCGUCAAUUCUUCACAUUACGUCGCAAUAUAGCUCCGUACAAUCAAGGUCCGACAGGACCUAAUCAAUGGGCAUGGCUUGAGAUCUAUCCUCAGCACGCAUUUCCUAAUAGUGAAGGUGAAACUGAGGAAGCAGCUGUUGGUGUCGCACAAAAUUACAAUACAAUACAAUACAAUUCGACUGCACCGAUGAGCUGGAAAGGCGCGUUCGGCCGCAGUCAUCAUAAUAACUCUAUGGACAAUCGAACAGAUGCAGUCAAUUGGGGUUUAAAUUUUGCUGAACAGUGGCAACGUGCAUUAGAAAUCGAUCCUCUGUUUAUCUUUGUUACAGGAUGGAAUGAAUGGACAGCAGGACGAUAUGCGUCGUGGAGUCGAUGGACUGCUCCGCCAGUGAUAUUCGUUGACGAAUUUAUUCAAGAAUUCAGCCGUGAUAUUGAACCAAUGAUGGGUGGUCACGGUGACAAUUAUUACUAUCAAUUAGUCGAUUCUGUUCGACGUUACAAAGGUGUUCGAUCAGUAAUACCAGUUCAAGCAAGUCCUAUCAUCAUCGAUGGUCAUUUUCAAGAUUGGAUACCGGUUCAGCCUAGUUUUCAGACCGAUCCAGGUACACCUGUUUGUCGAAAUUAUUCUGGAAGUGGAAAAGCAGGACCCUACAUAAACUACACCGGUCGAAAUGACAUUAUCGAAAGUAAAGUCAGCUAUAACGGCGAUUACAUCUAUUUCUAUGUACGUACUUAUAAUAUGACAACAAACUACACAGAUCCGAAUUGGAUGCUACUCUUUCUGAAUACUGAUGCAAAUUACACAACUGGCUGGCUUGGCUAUGAUUACGUCAUUAAUCGACAUGUUCAAUCAUUGGGAGAAACAUUUCUCGAACGCAAUACAGAAAAUAAUUCCUAUGUUUGGACUGAAUUAACUACGAUUCCGUACGCGAUGAGGGGUAAAGAACUUGAGUUGAUGGUACCUCGAAAAAUGUUAAAUAUUCCAUCGUCUUCUGUUACUAUCGAUUUCAAAUGGGCCGAUAAUAUUCAACAAGAUGGAACGUGGAGUGAUUUCACCUUAAAUGGCGAUGCAGCUCCACCAGAUCGAUUCAAUUUCCGUGCACAACUCAACUGA